AGUCACAGUAAUCUCUUUCGAAAGUAGUAUAGUAUAGCUGUUGGAAUUUUCAGAUUUAGAAGCGCUCUUCCAACUCCUCCUCCUUCUGUUCAAGGUUUCAGCACCCGAACUACUAUUCCAUGGAGGUACUUGGUGCAGUUGUUGGCUCACUACUGGCAGAACCCUGUCGUGCUCUAUGCACGUUUCUGCGUGCCAAGCUCAGGAAUUCCCUCCACUUCACCGCCAACUUAGUAGCUCUGGACAAAGAAACGGCCGAUCUGAUCGAGUGUCGAAAUCAGUUGAGGGAACGUCUUGCCUUGGCUGCUGCAGCGGGACUACAAGCACCAUCUCAAGUCAGGGACUGGCUGGGACAAGUCAACAGAUUGGAAGACCAAGUGUGUUAUUUGAAACAUGAUUUGGCUUUAAGAGCUGAUAACUCUGCUUGUUCCUCUUGUCUCUGUUGCACCACCUUGUCUGAUCAGGUCAGCCGUCGGCUUAGGAACGCCAGAAAACUCAUUAGUGAUGCAGGGGAGUUUCUAGAAAGUGCGGCUGGUCCAGACACCUCUACAGUGAGAAGUGAAUACAUCCCAGCUCCAAUUAUUGAUGAUCAAGCGACAGCGUCAAGAAAUAUGGCCAAAGUCAUGGAUCUGUUGAGCACCCAGGAAGUUAAAAGGAUCGGCAUCUGGGGUAUGGGAGGGGUGGGGAAGACUACCCUCAUCAAGAACAUCAACAACAAGCUCACUACCCCUUCACCAGUUUCAGAUUCUUUCUGCAUCGUGAUAUGGGUCACGGUGUCUAACAAAACUCCGGAAACUGAGUUGGAGCUGAAGAAGGUCCAGAAACUAAUUGCGGAUAGACUAAGGCUGAAACUAACUGAAGAAAGUAUGGAGACAAGGGCUAGUAAGUUGCACGCAAGGCUUAUGAUGGAGAAAACAUUUCUCCUCAUUCUUGAUGAUGUUUGGAAUCCAAUUGAUUUGGAUAUUGUUGGAAUCCCAACGCCUGAGGUCCACAAGGGUGGCAAACUAAUCCUGACAACCAGAUUCUCUAAUGUUUGUUUGCAGAUGACAGAGGUCACACUCAAAAUUGAGGUGUUAAAUGAAGAAGAAGCAUGGAGAUUGUUCUGCAGAAGUGCAGGGGAGGUAGCCACUUCGGAAGAAUUGGAGCCACUCGCAAGGGCUGUCACAAAGGAAUGCGCUGGACUACCCUUGGCUAUCGAUGUUGUCGGAACGUCCUUAAAGGGGAAGAGAAUGAUUCAGCUCUGGAAUGAUGCUUUAAAUGCGCUGCGCAGGUCAGAGCCUCUACUAAGAGGUAGGAUUGAGGAUAGAGUUUACAAUCCUAUCAAGUGGAGUUACGACGUACUGCCUGACGAAUGCAUUAAAUCUUGUUUUCUAUUUUGUUGCUUGUUUCCGGAGGACUACCAGAUUGAUGUAAGAACGCUAGUUAGAUAUUGGUUAGCUGAGGGUUUGCUUGAGGAGCACCAUGAUAUUGAGGAAGUGAUGGACCGAGGAGUGGCUAUAAUUGAAACCCUAACCGAGUGUAGCUUAUUAGAGCAGGACGCUUGGUCAACCGUGAAGAUACAUGAUGUCAUUCGUGAUGUUUCUGUAUGGAUUUCAUCUUCACUGGAACAAGAGUGCUUAUCCCUUGUUAGAUCAGGAAUAGGCCUACACAAGAUGAGAAAGGUUGAGCUUCUGACGAAGUCUUACAAGAGAAUUUCGUUUAUGGAUAAUCAAUUGAGAGAGCUGCCUAAUGGUUUGGGAGAAUGCCCAACAAUAUCAACUUUGCUCCUGCAAAGGAAUAAGAUGCUGGAGGAGAUUCCAGAACAAUUCCUGCUAGCGUUCAUGUCGCUGAGGAUCUUGGAUUUAAGCGAGUGCGAGAGUAUCAAGUCUUUGCCACCUUGUUUGGAUCAACUUGUUGAACUUCGGGCUGUGCAUUUAUAUCAUUGCAGUAAUCUUGAAACAUUGCCUCCAGUUGGAGGGCUUGCCAAACUCCAAGUGCUUGUUUGCUGUGGGACAGGGAUUUCCACAUUGCCCCAAGGUAUGGAAAAGUUGACCAGCCUGAAACUAUUAGAUUUAUCACAUAACAUGCUAACAACUGUUCCUGUUGGAACUAUUUCUUGUUUGUCUAAUUUGGAAUACCUGGACAUGAGAAGGAAUUCCAAAUUGAAGUUUAUUGGAGAUGUAUCAACUCAAUUUGAAAAAUUGUUGUCCAAUGAGCGAUUGAUUGAUUUGUUCAUUGGGGUUAACAGCUCAGCUUGCAUUCUAGAAACAACCGAUGCUCUUCUCAAUGGGAUUAAGAAGCUUAAGAAUUUGGAACUUUUUAUUGGUCCCAGCAAUACACCCAACAUUUCAAUUGGUGGCUAUUCCUUGAAGCAAGUGCAUUUGGGGGAAAUGCAUCUAUCAGGACAACGGAUGGAGUGGUUGUUUGCGAGUAUGCAUGCCAUUAUUUUCAGUCGUUGCAACGGAUUGGGUACCAUGUUUGAGAAAUUAGUAGCAAACAGCGAUGAAGUUGGUGGUUUUGAUACUGUGGAGAUACUUCACAUCUUUGGUUGUCCAGACUGGGUCGGAGUUGGGAGUAAUGCAAAGUUUGACAUGCUACCAAAUUUAAAGGAUAUAUACAUUUCUACUUUCACCAAUAUGUCUUGCAUAUCGGAUUUGGCAUUGCCGCUCGGGUUAAAAUUUUCCAGGCUGCAGUACAUGCGAAUCUGCAAGUGUUCACAGCUGAAAUAUUUAAUCUCCCUAGGCACCAAAAUACACGCACUGGAAAACCUGCUCGCAGUCUUUGUGAACGACUGUGAGCAGGUGGAAGAACUCUUCAAGUUUGAUCAGAAUUCCGGGCUGGAUUCUGUGUUCCCGAACCUCAAAAGAAUUGCAUUGAGAGAUUGUCCGAGACUGAGGUUUCUGAGUGAGCUGAAUAUAGCGUUUCCACAUUUAGAGGAGGUAGUGGUUGAGAACUGCCCUCUGCUGAAGAAGUUGCCCGUUACACUCCAAAAUGUUGGAACCAUCAAGGAAAUUAGAGGAGAGCUUAAGUGGUGGGAUCAGUUGGAGUGGGAGAGUGAUGAUUUCAAGAAACUUUACAUCCCCGUUUUACGCCUCUAUAAGCACUCUUCCAACUCCUCCUCCUUCUGUUCAAGGUUUCAGCACCCGAAUUACUCUUCCAUGGAGGUACUUGCUGCAGUUGUUGGUUCACUACUGGCAGAACCCUGUCGUGCUCUAUGCACGUUUCUGCGUUCCAAGCUCAGGAAUCCCCUCCACUUCACCGCCAACUUAGUAGCUCUGGACAAAGAAAGUGCCGAUCUGAUGGAGUGUCGAAAUCAGUUAAGGGAACAUCUUGCCUUGGCUGCUGCAGCGGGACUACAAGCACCAUCUCAAGUCAGGGACUGGCUGGGACAAGUCAACAGAUUGGAAGACCAAGUACGUUCUUUGAAACAUGAUUUGGCUUUAAGAGCUGAUAACUCUGCUUGUUCCUCUUGUCUCUGUUGCACCACCUUGUCUGAUCAGGUCGCCUGUCGGCUUAGGGAGGCCAGAAAGCUCAUUAGUGAUGCAGGGGAGUUUCCAGAAAGUAUGGCUGGUCCAGACCCCUCCAUAGUGAGAAUUGAAUACAUCCCAGCUCCAAUUAUUGAUGAUCAAGCGACAGCGUCAAGAAAUAUGGCCAAAGUCAUGGAUCUGUUGAGCACCCAGGAAGUUAAAAGGAUCGGCAUCUGGGGUAUGGGAGGGGUGGGGAAGACUACCCUCAUCAAGAACAUCAACAACAAGCUCACUACCCCUUCACCAGUUUCAGAUUCUUUCAGCAUCGUGAUAUGGGUCACGGUGUCUAACAAAACCCAGGAAACUGAGUUGGAGCUGAAGAAGGUCCAGAAACUAAUUGCGGAUAGACUGAGGCUGACACUAACUGAAGAAAGUAUGGAGACAAGGGCUAGUAAGUUGCACGCAAGGCUUAUGAUGGAGAAAACAUUUCUCCUCAUUCUUGAUGAUGUUUGGCAUCCAAUCAAUUUGGAUCUUGUCGGAAUUCCAGCGCGUGAACUCCACAACGGUGGCAAGAUAAUCUUGACAACUAGAUCCUCUCAUGUUUGUUUGCAGAUGACUGAGGUCACACUCAAAAUUGAGGUGUUAAAUGAAGAAGAAUCAUGGAGAUUGUUCUGCAGAAGUGCAGGGGAGGUAGCCACUUUGGAAGAAUUGGAGCCACUCGCAAGGGCUGUCACAAAGGAAUGCGCUGGACUACCCUUGGCUAUCGAUGUUGUCGGAGCGUCCUUAAAGGGGAAGAGAAUGAUUCAGCUCUGGAAUGAUGCUUUUAAUGCGCUGCGCAGGUCAGAGCCUCUACUAAGAGGUAGGAUUGAGGAUAGAGUUUACAAUCCUAUCAAGUGGAGUUACGACGUACUGCCCAACGAAUGCAUUAAAUCUUGUUUUCUAUUUUGUUGCUUGUUUCCGGAGGACUACAAGAUUGAUUAUAGAACGCUAGUUAGAUAUUGGAUGGCUGAGGGUUUGCUUCAGGAGCACCACGAUAUUGAAGAAGUGAUGGACCGAGGAGUGGCUAUAAUUGAAACCCUAACCGAGUGUAGCUUAUUAGAGCAGGACCCUUGGUCAAACGUGAAGGUACAUGAUGUCAUUCGUGAUGUUUCUGUAUGGAUUUCAUCUUCACUGGAACAAGAGUGCUUAUCCCUUGUUAGAUCAGGAAUAGGCCUACACAAGAUGAGAAAGGUUGAGCUUCUGACGAAGUCUUACAAGAGAAUUUCGUUUAUGGAUAAUCAAUUGAGAGAGCUGCCUAAUGGUUUGGGAGAAUGCCCAACAAUAUCAACUUUGCUCCUGCAAAGGAAUAAGAUGCUGGAGGAGAUUCCAGAACAAUUCCUGCUAGCGUUCAUGUCGCUGAGGAUCUUGGAUUUAAGCGAGUGCAAGAGUAUCAAGUCUUUGCCACCUUGUUUGGAUCAACUUGUUGAACUUCGGGCUGUGCAUUUAUAUCAUUGCAGUAAUCUUGAAACAUUGCCUCCAGUUGGACGGCUUGCCAAACUCCAAGUGCUUGUUUGCUGUGGGACAGGGAUUUCCACAUUGCCCCAAGGUAUGGAAAAGUUGACCAGCCUGAAACUAUUAGAUUUAUCACAUAACAUGCUAACGACUGUUCCUGUUGAAACUAUUUCUUGUUUGUCUAACUUGGAAUACCUGAACUUGAGUGGGAAUUACAAAUUGAAGUUUAUUGGAGAUGUAUCAACUCAAUUUCAAAAAUUGUUGUCCAAUGAGCGAUUGGUUGAUUUGUUCAUUGGGGUUGGCAGCUCAGGCUGCAUUCCAGAAACAACCGAUGCUCUUCUCAAUAGGAUUAAGAAGCUUAAGAAUUUUCAACUUUUUAUUGGUCCCAGCAAUACACCCAACAUUUCAAUUGGUGGCUAUUCCUUGAAGCAAGUGCAUUUGGGGGAAAUGCAUCUAUCAGGACAACGGAUGGAGUGGUUGUUUGCGAGUAUGCAUGCCAUUAUUUUCAGUCGUUGCAACGGAUUGGGUACCAUGUUUGAGAAAUUAGUAGCAAACAGCGAUGAAGUUGGUGGUUUUGAUACUGUUGAGAUACUUUACAUCUUUGGUUGUCCAGACUGGGUCGGAGUUGGGAGUAAUGCAAAGUUUGACAUGCUACCAAAUUUAAAGGAUAUACACAUUUCUACUUUCACCAAUAUGUCUUGCAUAUCGGAUUUGGCAUUGCCGCUCGGGCUAAAAUUUUCCAGGCUGCAGUACAUGACAAUCUCCAAGUGUUCACAGCUGAAAUAUUUGAUCUCCCUAGGCACUAUAAUACUCGCACUGGAAAACCUGCUCGGAGUCGUUGUGUCCAAUUGUGAGCAGGUGGAAGAACUGUUCAAGUUUGAUCAGACUUCUGGGCUGGAUUCUGUGUUCCCGAACCUCAAAAGAAUUGCAUUGAGACAUUGUCCGAGACUGAGGUUUCUGAGUGAGCUGAAUAUAGCGUUCCCACAUUUAGAGGAGGUAGUGGUUGAGAACUGCCCUCUGCUGAAGAAGUUGCCCGUUACACUCCAAAAUGUUGGAACCAUCAAGAAAAUUAGAGGAGAGCUUAAGUGGUGGGAUCAGUUGGAGUGGGAGAGUGAUGAUUUCAAGAAACUUUACAUCCCCGUUUUACGCCUCUAUGAAUCCCCUCCGCUUCACCCCCAACUUAAGAGUCUAGACAAAGGAAUGAAGGAUCUGAUUGUACGCAGAAAUCACAUGAGGGAACAUCUUGCCUUGGCUGCCACAGCAGGACUACAAGCACCAUCCCAAGUUAGGGACUGGCUGGUGCAAGUCAACAGAUUGGAAGACCCGUUGCGUUCUUUGAAACAUGAUUUGGCUUUAAUAGCUGAUCCAACUAUUGAUGAUCAAGCCACGGCAUCAAGAAAUAUGGCGAAUUUCGUGGAUUUGUUGAGCAGCAAGGAUGUUAAAAGGAUUGGCAUCUGGGAUACGGGAGGGAUGGGGAAGACUACCCUCAUCAAGAACAUCAACAACAAGCUCACUACUCCUUCACCAGUUUCAGAUUCUUUCAGCAUGGCGAUAUGGAUUACAGUGUCUAACAAAACUCAGGAAACUGAGUUGGAGCUGAAGAAGAUACAGAAAAAAACUAUGACUGAGGUCACACUCGAAGUUGAGGUGUUAAAUGAAGAAGAAGCAUGGAGAUUGUUCUGCAGAAGUGCAGGAGAUAGCCACUUUGGAAGAAGUGGAGCCAGACGCGCUGGAAUGAUGAAGUUUAAGAAAUUUGAACUCUCUAUUGGUUCCAGAGAUGGUGUUUUUAUGGUUGAAGAAGGUGCAAUUAUCUGGAAUCCAUGUAUGGGGAGAACGGAUGGAAAGCACUCUUCCAACUCCUCCUCCUUCUGUUCAAGGUUUCAGCACCCGAAUUACUCUUCCAUGGAGGUACUUGCUGCAGUUGUUGGUUCACUAAUGGCAGAACCCUGUCGUGCUCUAUGCACGUUUCUGCGUUCCAAGCUCAGGAAUCCCCUCCACUUCACCACCAACUUAGUAGCUCUGGACAAAGAAAGUGCCGAUCUGAUGGAGUGUCGAAAUCAGUUAAGGGAACAUCUUGCCUUGGCUGCUGCAGCGGGACUACAAGCACCAUCUCAAGUCAGGGACUGGCUGGGACAAGUCAACAGAUUGGAAGGCCAAGUGCGUUCUUUGAAACAUGAUUUGGCUUUAAGAGCUGAUAACUCUGCUUGUUCCUCUUGUCUCUGUUGCACCACCUUGUCUGAUCAGGUCGCCCGUCGGCUUAGGGAGGCCAGAAAGCUCAUUAGUGAUGCAGGGGAGUUUCCAGAAAGUAUGGCUGGUCCAGACCCCUCUAUAGUGAGAAUUGAAUACAUCCCAGCUCCAAUUAUUGAUGAUCAAGCGACAGCGUCAAGAAAUAUGGCCAAAGUCAUGGAUCUGUUGAGCACCCAGGAAGUUAAAAGGAUCGGCAUCUGGGGUAUGGGAGGGGUGGGGAAGACUACCCUCAUCAAGAACAUCAACAACAAGCUCACUACCCCUUCACCAGUUUCAGAUUCUUUCAGCAUCGUGAUAUGGGUCACGGUGUCUAACAAAACUCAGGAAACUGAGUUGGAGCUGAAAAAGGUCCAGAAACUAAUUGCGGAUAGACUAAGGCUGAAACUAACUGAAGAAAGUAUGGAAACAAGGGCUAGUAAGUUGCACGCAAGGCUUAUGAUGGAGAAAACAUUUCUCCUCAUUCUUGAUGAUGUUUGGAAUCCAAUUGAUUUGGAUAUUGUUGGAAUCCCGACGCCUGAGGUCCACAAGGGCGGCAAACUAAUCCUGACAACCAGAUUCUCUAAUGUUUGUUUGCAGAUGACUGAGGUCACACUCAAAAUUGAGGUGUUAAAUGAAGAAGAAGCAUGGAGAUUGUUCUGCAGAAGUGCAGGGGAGGUAGCCACUUUGGAAGAAUUGGAGCCACUCGCAAGGGCUGUCACAAAGGAAUGCUCUGGACUACCCUUGGCUAUCGAUGUUGUCGGAGCGUCCUUAAGGGGGAAGAGAAUGAUUCAGCUCUGGAAUGAUGCUUUGAAUGCGCUGCGCAGGUCAGAGCCUCUAAUAAGAGGUAGGAUUGAGGAUAGAGUUUACAAUCCUAUCAAGUGGAGUUACGACGUACUGCCCAACGAAUGCAUUAAAUCUUGUUUUCUAUUUUGUUGCUUGUUUCCGGAGGACUACCAGAUUGAUAUAAGAACGCUAGUUGAAUAUUGGUUAGCUGAGGGUUUGCUUGAGGAGCACCAUGAUAUUUGGGAAGUGAUGGACCGAGGAUGGGCUAUAAUUGAAACCCUCAAGGAGUGUGGCUUGUUAGAGGAGAAUGCUUGGUCACAGGUGAAGAUACAUGAUGUCAUUCGUGAUGUUUCUGUAUGGAUUUCAUCUUCACUGGAACAAGAGUGCUUAUCCCUUGUUAGAUCAGGAAUAGGCCUACACAAGAUGAGAAAGGAUGAGAUUCUGACCAAGUCUUACAAGAGGAUUUCGUUUAUGGAUAAUCAAUUGAGGGAGCUGCCUAAUGGUUUGGGGGAAUGUCCAACAAUAUCAACUUUGCUCCUGCAAAGGAAUAAGAUGCUGGAGGAGAUUCCAGAACAAUUCCUGCUAGCGUUCAUGUCGCUGAGGAUCUUGGAUUUAAGCGAGUGCGAGAGUAUCAAGUCUUUGCCACCUUGUUUGGAUCAACUUGUUGAACUUCGGGCUGUGCAUUUAGCUCAUUGCAGGAAUCUUGAAACAUUGCCUCCAGUUGGAGCGCUUACCAAACUCCAAGUGCUUGUUUUCUGCGGGACAGGGAUUUCCAAAUUGCCCCAAGGUAUGGAAAAGUUGACCAGCCUGAAACUAUUAGAUUUAUCAUACAACACGCUAACAACUCUUCCUGUUGGAACUAUUUCUUGUUUGUCUAACUUGGAAUACCUGGACUUGAGAGGGAAUCGCAAAUUGAAGUUUAUUGAAGAUGUAUCAACUCAAUUUGAAAAAUUGUUGUCUAAUGAGCAAUUGAUUGAUUUGCGCAUUGAGGUUAACAUCCCAGGCUGCAUUCCAGAAACAACCGAUGCUCUUCUAAAUGGGAUUAAGAAGCUUAAGAAUUUGGAACUUCUUAUUAGUCCCAGCAUUCAUAGUCCCAACAAUCCUGUUUUUCCCGGGCAUUAUUCCGUGAGGCGAGUGAAUUUGCAUGAAGUGCAUCUAUCAGGACAACGGAUGGAGUGGUUGUUUGCGAGUAUGCAUGUCAUUACUUUCUGGGAUUGCAAUGGGUUGGGUACCAUGUUUGAGAAAUUAGUAGCAAACAGCGAUGAAGUUGGUGGUUUUGAUACUGUGGAUACACUUUACAUCUUUGGUUGUCCAGACUGGGUCGGAGUUGGGAGUAAUGCAAAGUUUGACAUGCUACCAAAUUUAAAGUAUAUACACAUUUCUACUUUCACCAAUAUGUCUUGCAUAUCGGAUUUGGCAUUGCCGCUCGGGCUAAAAUUUUCCAGGCUGCAGAACAUGACAAUCUCCAAGUGUUCACAGCUGAAAUAUUUGAUCUCCCUAGGCACUAUAAUACUCGCACUGGAAAACCUGCUCGGAGUCGUUGUGUCCAAUUGUGAGCAGGUGGAAGAACUGUUCAAGUUUGAUCAGAAUUCUGGGCUGGAUUCUGUGUUCCCGAACCUCCAAACAAUAGAAGUGAGAGAUUGUCCGAGACUGAGGUUUCUGAGUGAGCUGAAUAUAGCGUUCCCACAUUUAGCGCAUGUAGUGGUUAAGGAGUGUCCUCUGCUGAAGAAGUUGCCCCUUACACCCCAAAAUGUUGGAACCAUCAAGAGAAUUGAAGGAGAGCGGAAGUGGUGGGACGAGCUGGAGUGGGAGAAUGAUGAUUGCAAGAAACUUUACACCCCUGUUUUAUACCUUGACUGAUUUAUCAGGUAUUUUUGUGUAAACUGUGAAAUUCUCCUCAUAUUUGCAAUUGUACUAUAGUUAAUUUGAGUGUGUUGUAUGUUUUUUCUUUUCUUCGAAGUUUAUAUGUUUACUCAUAUUUGAUUAAUUACACAUUCUUUCU